AUGGACAAAGGUCGCGGCGUCAAGAACCGCGCCAUCGCCCCCUCCAACAGGACUCUCCGGUUCAUGACAUGGCGGACAUCAUCAUCUGGGACAGCAGCGCCCCUGACUCCUCGGACCGGUCCCAUAAGCCUCCCCAACGAAACCCUGAUUUUCAUUGACAAUUUUCCGAGGCGAAAGAAUUAUGCAAAGAAGUCCUCCUCUGGUGCCUCCUACGUCGGCCGAAACGACCUGCUCAACUACUUGCUGGACCGGCAAUGCGGCACGCGACGAAAGAAAGCCAAGCUGAGCCUGCAGAUAACUGACGACGACCUGGAUUGGAACUUGUCCCAUGCUUGGUUUGACCCACCUGCUCGUUACGCCACUUCGGUGUCAGCCGAGGGUCCGGAAGCCAACGACAGACAGUACUGGUACUGGGUUUCAAUACGUGUUGCCGCCAUGCGUAGGAACAACGAAGCACUCCGGAUGCUUCUUGACAAUGGAGCGAACAUUGAUGCCCAGUGUUCCGGCCUGUGUGACUGUGCGGCACCAACGAUGGACGGCGAGACCGCUUGGAAGUCUCUCUCGGGCCUCAACAGAAUCGCUCAGUGUGGACAGCUUGCAUGUGGCCAUGUGCUCGGGAAACGAGGAGGCCGUUCGCCUGCUCGUUUCCCGGGGCGCUCCAUUGAGGUGGGCAGCUUGAGCGCGUUCAUUUAUGCGGCAACCGGAGGACAUAUCCGAACUGUGGGCAAGCUCUUGCUGGAGAAUGGCGCCACAUUCCACUACUAUGAAGUCUUGACUAUCACUUCCCUGGCCUGGGGCGGGGCCAGCAUCCUCAAAUUUAAUCCGCUUCGACAAUUGUGCACGAUGUACAGAGAGCAGCAAGAUCAGUGGUACGCCUUGAUUGACGAGAUUGACUGGAACGAACGCAUCGCGAUCCGUGAGAAAGCCAUCACACGAUCUCAGCGCCAGAGGCUGUUGCUCGCCGAAACUGUCCUUAGAUUAGGCGCCGAUCCCAACCAGCGAGAGAGAGUUCAUCAUGCUUGCAGCGCAGUCAGGCUCCACAGAGAUGGCCCAACUGAUCAUCAAAGCCGGGCCCAGAGCGAUAGGAUAGUCAGCCUCAUCGAGAACGGAUACUCCUUUGACAAGCCGGCGAAAGAGCUGCCCCUGAAGUACGCAAUUCUCAACGCGCUCAAACGCGCCCGUUUCGGCGAGACCGAUCUCAGCACUGUGCAAGCCCUCCUCGAAGCUGGUUGUUCGUUAGCCGACAGAGACUCCCAGUCAAUUUUGACGACCAUCCAGUUCAUCAGAAGUUACUUUGACCCUCCUUCACCACAUUACGACGCGGCCCAUCUCCGGCUUCGCAUGGUCGACGCACUGGACAUGGUCCGGCGGGCCAUCUUCGGCACUGUGUUCCGGCAUCGAGAGGGGACGUCCGAGCACCUCGAGCUUUUAUCCUGGGCUCUGCGAAGUGUGAAGCGCGGGGAAGAACAGGAUGCUGACAUCGUGAAGAAGUUUGUCAAAAUGAAGAUGCGGAAACGCCCAUACCAGUCCCGGAGAAAAGCGAGAGGAAAGCCCAGAGCUAAGGAAUGGUUUUUGGGCAGAGUCGUCUGA